UUUAUAUAGGAAACAUGGAUUUGUAUUAGAUAUGAAAAAUUACUAGUUCUAAGUAAUGAAUUGCAUAAUUUAUAGCUCAUACUGGAAGAGAGGCCGACUCUGGACAUUUUAAUACAUGGGUUCAUCAUUCAGGGGAUGAUAAGAUCUAGAAUGAUGAUGAACAGACAGCAGAGGGGAAAUAAAUCAUAUUUUUGGAUUGAGAGGAGGUGGGGAUUGGCAUAUGGGUUAUUAUCUACUGUAUAGAAAAUUAGAAAUUGA